GAGUGGAGGAAAGUGUGGUGAGCGUGGUGAUGUUUACUUUUUCUUGUCAGAUGUACCUAUUAUUCAACGAUGUUUGCAACAAUCGAAUGGUUCGAUAGUUUUCAUUUCAGUGUGCGCAGCGCUAGAGACGCUUGACAUGUGUCUGCUGCAGGCGUAUGGUGUACUUAUUUAAUUUAGGUCAGAAUUUAGGUUGACACGAUGUUCACCAGUCGUCAGGUAACAAAAUUCAUUGUUCGAAAAUUAACAAAGCGUCGGAUGAAUGACUUUCCAUUACUAACGGAAAGAAAUGAUUGUCAGUAUACUAGCCGAACUGAUUUGUUGAGGUUAAGAACCGUACCAGUUUCUCCUCCAUAUCCACAUCACAAGUUUCACCAAGAUAUGGUGCACUGCUGCGAAAAGAAGGGUGCUGAAGAAUCAUUAGAAGUGUGUAAUGAGAAAAGUGGAAAUAUUGUACAUACUGAAAGUGGGUAUAUAAAAGAUGCUGAUAAGCCAAAGUCGGAAGACAGUGAAUUACAAUCGCAACAGUUUGUUGCUAAAAUAACAGGACGAUUCCAGCUCAUAUAUACAUGUAAAAAGUGUAACACUCGUAAUGUGGCACAUAUAUCAAAACUUUCAUACCAACAAGGGGUUGUGAUUGUAUGUUGUCAAGGGUGUAGUGUUAAACAUUUGAUUGCCGAUAAUCUGAAGUGGUUUUCUGAUAAGAAGAAAAAUAUUGAAGACAUUCUUGCAGAAAAGGGUGAAUCUGUAACUAGAAUUACUUCACAAGAAGUUUUCCUUGAAGUUUCCCCACCAGGUACACCAGAUCCACUGCCGAAGGAAGACAAACAGACUAAAACAACAGUGGUUAGCAGAGAAUGUGUAUAGAUCAUUCUAAUUGUAAUGGGGGGGAAAAAUCUGAUACUAGAUAUUUUGUAUAAUUGUUUUGGAACAACAUUAAAGGACCAUUUUGCAUCUGA